AUGGGCUGCGUCUCAUCCACUUUCCUCAACCAAGACGACGACUUUUCCCAAAUCGGCGGCUCCGCCGCCUUCAGCCACCACAUCGUCUCCCUCACCUCCACGACCUACGGCCUCCUCACCCUCGACCCGCCGCCAGAUUCCGCCGCCGUGAGCACCGUCCCUCCGAUCCCGGCGCCGUCUCCGGAGCCACCCCAGCCGCGCCGCACCCUCGCUUCCCUCCUCCCCAGCCCGCUCUCCUCCGAGCCCCGCUCCCUCCGGUACCAGCCCUUCGAGACCAUCAACUCAUGGGACCUCAUGUCCGGCCUCGAUCCCGACCACGCCCCAAGCUUCCGUCUCUAUGUUCCGCAGCCCAAUCGACCGGAAGUCUCGCGAGAUAAUGACGAGAAUCUCAGCCCCAACGUCCCUCACGAUUUGAAUCGCUCGACCUCCUCCCACAAGGACCUGGAUGAGUUCCUCGAAGGUUUUGACCCGAUCUGCCCGCCCAACGGUGAGAAUAAAGUGGUAAUGUACACCACGAGCCUGAGAGGAGUGAGGAAGACCUUCAAGAACUGUAAUGCCGUUCGAUCCGCCAUUCGUGGGCUCGGAAUUUUUGUCUGCGAGAGAGACAUUUCCAUGGACAGAGGUUACAGGGACGAGCUAGGGGAGCUUCUGAAGGGGAAAACGCGUGAUGAGCUUGUUCCACCACGGCUGUUUGUAAAGGGGAGGUACAUUGGUGGAGCUGAUGAAGUUAUGAGGAUAGUGGAAGAGGGGUAUAUCGGUAAAUUGCUCCAGGGCCUGCCGAAAUCGAGGGGAGUAGGGUACGCGUGCGAGGGGUGCGGAGGAAUGGGGUUCUUGCCCUGUUUCACGUGCCACGGGAGUUGUAAGAUUGUGACAGAAGAACACGAAGAACAAAAAGAAGAAGAAGAACUGAAUAUGGGGAGGAAGAAGAGUAAUGUGGUGGUGUUGAGGUGUGGCGAUUGUAUCGAGAAUGGGUUAAUACGUGAGACGUAUGUAACUACCACUGGCGAAGACGGUGCGAACGAGUUGCAGAUCAGAAGGUUUCAAUACUGGUGUUAUGCUAAGACAAUUACACUUUAUAUUGCAGUAACUUAUGUUCAGCUGGAGGGGUCAAAACAAACAUCUUACUCUGCUGUAACUUAUUAAACAGCAUGUUAUCUGUAACAAUGUCAAGUUGUCAACAGGAUGAAUAAUGUACUUGUUGUGAACUGCUCGUUUGCAUACACGGUUCAAUGCCAGAUGUGGUGGCUACAAUUACUAUAUAUUUCGGCAAUACUUUUGAACCAGCCAUUCGCCCUUAUGUUAGACUGCUGUAUAUGAUUAUAAAAACACAAUUUCAAAUUUUUAUAUCGAAAAUUUUGUGUCCAAG